ACAUGUCUUUGCAUUGAUUGGGGUAAAGCGAGGAGCUCACGAGACUGUAAAGGGGGCGUAUGUUUAGGCUACGUCAGCGCUGCCAGCGUGGAGCAGCAUGACACCAGGAAGUAACACAAUUCAAUUGACUAUACAAAUAUCGAAGAGGUGGAUUUUUGUGCUGGGAUUUGCUUCCCUAAAAUACACAGCACGCGACGACGCACGGGGGACACGCAGAGUCCCUGCGACGGGUUUUUCAACAUUCCAUGGAUAAGCCGCCUGUGAAGAUGAUGGACCCUACACUCGCUGAGAUGGGAAACCAUCUCUCUGAUGCCAUGAAGAUUUUGGAAAGUGGAAAAUUGGAAUCUGAACAGGGCAAAGAAAGAAGAAAGUUGAGUUGGAAAGACUUUCCAGGACCCUUGCAAGGAGAUGGACAGGAUGUUGUCAGCAUACUCCAGCUUGUCCAGAACCUGAUGCAUGGAGAUGAUGAGAAGCAGGGUCAUCGCAGGAUGCAGUAUGUCGGAGAGCAGGGACACAUGGCUCUAUUGGGACACAGUCUGGCUGCAUAUAUUUCUGUCCUGGAACGAGAAAGAUUGAGAAAGCUGACCACACGCAUCCUGUCGGAUACCACUCUCUGGCUCUGCAGGCUUUUCAGAUAUGAAAAUGGCUCAGCAUAUUAUCAUGAAGAUGACCGUGAGGGGCUGGUGAAGGUGUGUCGGCUAGCUAUUAAUACUCAUUAUGAGGACUACGCUACAGAGGGCUUUACAUUGCUCAGCUCUAAACAUCCUGUGAUUUACCAAAGUGCUGCAUGCAGACCUGGCCUGGGACAACAUCUCUGCAGCCAGCUGGGACUGCCUCUGUCAAGUCUUUGUAUUGUGCCCUGUAACACCAUGUUUGGCUCGUUGCACCGAAUGGAUGUUGCAUUGCUUGACAAGCUCAUCAGAGACGAUCGUGAAUCAGGGAAACUUCCAUUGCUGUUGAUAGCGAAUGCUGGAACGCCAGGUGCGGGUCACACAGACAAAUUCAGUCGUCUGAAAGAGCUCUGCGUUCAGUACAAUAUGUGGCUCCAUGUGGAGGGGGUGAAUUUGGCAACACUUGUUCUUGGUCAGGUCUCUUCUACUGUCACGGCGGCCACCAAGUGUGAUAGUAUGACUUUAACUCCAGGCCCGUGGUUGGGCCUGCCGGCUGUGCCUGCUGUCACCCUUUACAGACAUGAGGAUCCGGCCCUGUCUCUCGCAGCAGGUCUGACCUCUAGCCAACCAGUGGAGAAGCUUCGGGCUUUGCCUCUCUGGCUGUCCCUUCAGUACCUUGGGCAUGAUGGGAUUUUACAGAGGAUUAAGCAUGCCUCGCAGCUAAGUCAACAGCUGUUGGAGAAUUUGAAGACACUGGCUUCAAUAAAAACCUCGGAUGUGGUGUCUCAUUCCCGGGUCCCUCCCAUCUCCGGGGGCUCGCUGCGGGACGUGCUGGGCUCUCUUAUACUCUCUAUUGUGGAGGAUGAACUGAAUUCUCCUGUGGUGGUGUUCAGGUUUUCACAAGACAACAGCACUCCCUCAAGUGGUGGCUCAGUAGAAGGCUAUCUUGAGGGGGAAAGAGAUAUCCUUGAUGCCCUUAACAGAUGGUUGGGUGAGCAGUUGGCGCAGCAGGUUCCGCUAAGUGGUGUGGAUGUGGUUGAGCUGGAAGAUGAGGGCACAUGUGUUCGCUUCAGCCCCCUCAUGACCGCUGCGGCUCUUGGCACUCAGGAGAAUGACGUGGCUGCACUGGUGGAGAAGCUGGGAGAGAUGAUCCCAGUGCUGAGUUGCACCCUACGCUUCAGACAGGACUUCAAGGAUGAGGUUCUACAACAAGCUUCACUCUUGUACAUUGAGGACCAGAGCUGGCCUGGCCUUGGAGGUGUGAGGUAUGAGGCCAGAACCACAGACCUGGAUGAAGACAAGAGACAUCACAGUGUGGAGAAGAUCAACAGUGACUUGCUUAAGAAGCUGAUGGAGCUGGAUACUGACCUGUACUUCUCUGAUGGUCCUGAGUUUUGUGAGGAGAAAAACUGCAUAUUCAUUGGUAUGGCAACAGAAGACCUGGAUGUGGCAGAGUUGGUGGAAACUAUAGUAUCUAUUGGAAGAGACAUUGAGGAAAGUGGAAAGUUGUUUGAGAACAUGACGGAGGUUGUGAGAAGAGGCAUACAGGAAGCUGAGCAGCAGCUUCAGAAAGCAAAUGAAGAGAAACUUAUGGAGGAGGGUGUACUUCGACAGAUCCCUCUGGUGGGCUCUGUGCUUAACUGGUUCUCCCCACUUCAGGCCUCAGUCAAAGGAAAAACUUUCAACCUAGCUGAAGGUUGUCUGGACAGCACCGAGCCUGUUUAUUCUAUAAAAGCCCAGAUGAAUAAAGAAGCUUCCCUCGAUUCCCCCAAGUCCGUCACCAAACGGUUUCCAGGCCAAAAACUCUUCCGGCGGCAGGGAGCGGGCUCAGACUCUGUCAGUGAUACCAGCUCUGUCAGCCAGCUUGAAGAAUCGUUCAGGGAAACGGCACCCGUGCAGGCCAGUGAUGCGGAGGAGGCAGAGGUCCCUCAGGAGCAUCAUGUCCACAUAGUGGUGGAAACGGCUUCAUCAGACCAGCGUGUACCAGAGGGACAAGAGACCGAGAGUGUAGACGCCCUAAGAUAAGACCACUCCUAAAGGGAUGUCCCAGAGGUUGGCUUUGUCUCACGGAGGAAUAUGCGUCCGUGACCUUGAUGCCUUGAGCAAACCACUCUUGAAAUUAAGGAAAGAAGCAGCUUUAAAUGCAAAUAACAAAACACUGGAAUUUCAUGGAAAUAAUGUUUGAAUAUACGUCCCUUUUUCUUCUCGUAAUCAGUUGCACAUUUUUAAGGUUUGGUUAAUCAUAUAUUACAGGGUCUCCUCACAGUUCUUUAUGUGCACUGCCAGUAUAUCCUUCCAUAGUGGGUGACACAGCCGUUACGUUUUGGACGCUUAUCUUUGUCAUCUAUAAGCCUGUCUGACAGGUUUUUCUGAUCCAUUUCCACACAUUAUUUACACAACGAAAGGGCUAUUGUGGCCUUACCGUCAUGUACAUUAAUGUCACAAUGUCUUGUUUGCCAAAAGCUGGUCUUGCUUUAUGUACUCUCCACCGGCAGACGUGUGAGAAAGAAGGUUGAUGCUUGAAGACUCAUGCAUCUGUUUCUAAUCAAACGAUAGCCUUAUUGCACUUUUAUGUACAGAAUGUCACACUUUAAUCAGAACAGCAGAAUAUUUAUUUAUUCUAUAAAUAAUUCUCUUGGAGGACAUUAGGCUAUUUAGAGAUAAGUAACAUUUGCUAUAUGUCUAAAAUAAGUUUAUUAAAUCAAACAGAUAUCCAUCCAGCACUUUUGGCUUUACCAAUAGUGAAAUGAUUAUCAUAUACUGUUCUUACUGUGAAGAAUGUUUCAGAGAUGUCUCUUUUGAGUAAUCGUUACAUUUUUGGAUGUGUAUGAAGGCUAAAUAUAAUGUACUGAAAUGAAGAUCUUUAUUUGUUGUUUACACCAAUGUUAAUUGUUUUAGCACAUACAAAAAAAAAAAGCUUUGCUACUGGGGAAAUGUAGUUUCAUUUCGCAUAUGAAUAUUGUGUGAAUUAUUCAUGAGAAGUAAAUUCACUACAUCUAGAACACAUCCAUCCAUGUUUUUUGGAGCAUAAGGUGCUCUUUUCAUAACUGUGCUUCCUUACUGAAUAAUGUAAUUGUAGAUCUGCUCAUCUUUUCAAAAUGAUUAGUCUUAACUGGUGCAAUAAAUCAUUGUUUUUUUCUUUUUCUUUGGGGGAGAUAAGUGCUGACUUGAAAUGUUGUGUCAAAAGAAAGAAUAGAGUGGUUUUUAUAAUUACAAUUUUAUUUUACAAUGAGCAGUUAUGUAAAUGACAAUAAAGAAAAUGGUACUAAAACAAAAAUAAGAGCUUGGAGUUUUUUUUUUUUUUUUUCAAAACUGUCCUGAACUUUUAC